AUGAGUCGCCAGUUCAAUCACUACCCCAGUGGGGACCGCAUUGGCUUCAGCGGUUGCUCAGCUAUCAUUUCCAGUCGGCUCAGCAGCAGUGCAACCUCCUUCCGAGGUGGGGUGAAGGGAGUAGGGGCGGCGGCCUUUGGUAGCAAGAGUCUUUACAGCCUGUGUGGCAACCGUCGCAUUUCUAUCAGUGCCACAACAGGGGCAUCCCGGACUGGGAGUUAUGCCCUGGGGCAUGGGGCUGGUUUUGGGGGAGGCAGGGUAAGCGGGUUUGUGGGAACAAUUUUUGGAAAUGCCGGGCUGGGGCCUGCGUGCCCAUCGAUCUGUCCACCCGGAGGCAUCCCCCAGGUGACCAUCAACAAAAGCCUCCUGGCCCCGCUCAACUUGGAACUGGAUCCUGAAAUCCAGAAAGUAAGGACCCAGGAACGCGAGCAGAUCAAGGCACUGAACAACAAGUUUGCCUCUUUCAUCGACAAGGUGCGUUUUCUGGAGCAACAAAACCAGGUGCUGGAGACCAAGUGGAACCUACUGCAGCAACUGGACCUGAACAAUUGCAAGAGGAAUCUAGAGCCCAUUUAUGAAGGCUACAUCAGCACUCUUCGUAGGCAGGUGGAGACACUGUCAGGGGAUAGGGUGAGACUGGACUCCGAGCUGAGGAACAUGCAGGAUUUGGUGGAGGAUUUCAAGAAGAGGUAUGAGGUGGAGAUUAAUAAACGAACAGCGGCUGAGAAUGAGUUUGUGGUGCUGAAGAAGGAUGUGGAUGCAGCCUACAUGAACAAAAUAGAGCUCCAGGCUAAGGUGGAAGCCGCAGCUGAUGAGAUCAAAUUCCUUAAGUGCCUACAUGAAGGGGAGAUUGCCCAGAUCCAGUCCCAUAUCAGUGAUACAUCUGUUAUCCUCUCCAUGGACAAUAAUCGAGACCUGGACCUGGACAGCAUCAUUGAUGAGAUCAAAACCCAGUAUGAGGAGACUGCCAUGAAAAGCAAGACUGAGGCUGAGGCCCUGUAUCAGAGCAAGAUCCAAGAACUACAAGUCACAGCUGGCCGGCAGGGUGAUGACCUUAAACUUACCAAGGCUGAAAUCUCAGAACUCAAUCGACUGAUCCAGAGACUUCGUUCAGAGAUCGGGAGUGUGAAGAAACAGUGUGCCAACUUGGAGACAGCUAUUGCAGAUGCUGAGCAGCGGGGUGACUGUUCUCUGAAAGAUGCCAGGGCCAAGCUGGAUGAGUUGGAGGGUGCCUUACAUUGUGCCAAGGAGGAGCUGGCCCGCCUGCUUCGGGACUCCCAGGAGCUGAUGAGCAUCAAGCUGGCCCUGGACAUGGAGAUUGCCACCUACAGGAAACUACUGGAGGGCGAGGAGUGCAGGAUGUCUGGCGAGUAUCCCAAUUCCGUGAGCAUCUCUGUCAUCAGCAGCACCAACACUGGGCCAGGAGGCACCGGCUUUAGUGUGGGCUUUGGUACCUCCAGCACUUACAGCUAUAAGCAGGGAGCUGCUGAAAUCAAAACCAAGGGCAGCUGUGGAAGCGACUACAAGGAGCCGAUGACCAAAGGCAGCAGCCCUCCAGCCAAAAAGGGCUCCAGAUAA